GAUAUCCAUGAUAGAUCGACAUGGACAACACGUGCAAUACAUUCUUGUGCAAUUGGCCCUGUCCAUGCUGCCUUCUGGAUCACUAUCACCAAAGCGCUCCCAUCGCUUUCAUCCAACUACCAUUGGAAUUUGGAAUUAUUAAAUUGAAUCCAGAAAUGAUCCUGCCGUGCAAGCAAGCCAAUAACGUUCCCCAUGCGAUAAGCAUAUGACUGUGCAAAUCUCUCAGCACAAAUUGUCGCCUAUCCUGGUUAACAAUCAUGUAUUUCUUUUCUGUUUUUCUUUUUCUAUUCACCACACACGUUGUGGUCACGUUGCAAAUCAUGACCCAAAGUUUUGUUUUUAUGUGGCACUACCAAACGAAAUAGACAAUAAAGGUGUAGUUUUCAGGAUAACUGCAAUAGUUCCGUCGUACAUAUCUGUUCCUCAUGUCCAUAAUGAGAAUUAUAAUUGAUACUUGGUGUUAUGAUAAUUUUGUAAGAAAAUGCGCCAUCUAAUAAUAAGGCCUUCACUUCAUGUGGCUAAAUGAUAAGGGCUUAGCCAUCCUCUCUAAUGUAACUUUUUAAGGUACUAUGGGUGCAGAUAUUAUCCAUGACCAUGAAUGCUGGAGUGCUGUGCAAUCCCAAACUGUAUGAAAUUGUUGCACCCAAGCAAAGCUCUGCUUUCUUGUGAUACUUCAGAUGUGGACCUUUUUUGACAGGUUUUCGGAGUUGGGCAUGUCAUUCCUUCCCUUCAUCCCUUGUUGAUUAAAUGUCCACUGUGAUAGAGAUUUUGCACACUGUGGCCUCCACAAGAGUUACUUAGUUGGGACGCACGUUGAAACUGAAAGGGCUUCCAAGACAUGUGAAGCUCAGCCUUCAGUUGCUUCCCACGCUUCACCAACUGAACAAGCUUCUCUGCUUGUGCUGAAGCUCUAAGGAGAGCAGACUUCCCUCCAGGUUUUGUCUUUGGCACGGCUUCUUCAGCUUACCAGUAUGAAGGCGCUGUCAACGAGGGUCAACGUGGACCUACAAUAUGGGAUACUCUCACAAGACGACCUGGUAUGAUAAUGAGUAUUUGUUGCAAAAGGUGCCAUAAUGAGAUGCUAAAUCUGUCCAGAAUUGUGACUCCAGAGCAUAUCUUUUGCAGGACGGGUGAUAGAUUUCAGCAAUGCAGAUGUUGCUGUUGAUCACUACCAUCGUUACAAGGUUGUUAACUGAGUAAGGACAUCAGUUACACUGAAAAACUCCAGAAAUGACAAAUCAACACUGACUGGCAGGAAGAUGUGGACUUGAUGAAGGACAUUGGCAUGGAUGCGUACCGGUUCUCUAUCUCAUGGUCCCGUAUCUUUCCAAAUGGAACUGGUGAACCUAACGAAGAAGGAUUGAAUUACUAUAACAGCCUCAUAGAUGCUCUGUUAGACAAAGGUAUACAACCAUAUGUAACACUCUUUCACUGGGACCUUCCGCAAGCACUAGAAGACAGAUAUGGUGGAUGGUUAAACUCCCAAAUCGUGGAUGAUUUUGUUCACUAUGCCUCUACAUGCUUCAAGGAAUUUGGAGAUAGAGUGAAACACUGGAUCACUUUUAAUGAGCCCCAUAAUUUUGCGAUUGAAGGAUAUGAUCUUGGCAUUCAAGCACCAGGGAGAUGUUCCAUUCUGUCACAUAUGUUCUGUAGGGAGGGCAAAUCAUCAACUGAACCAUAUAUUGUUGCUCACAAUAUACUCUUAGCACAUGCUAGUGCUUUUCAUACUUACAAGCAGCAUUUCAAGAAUGAACAAGGAGGUCUCAUUGGAAUCGCACUUGAUUCAAAGUGGUAUGAACCAUUGUCAGAUGUUGAUGAGGACACAGAGGCAGCAGCACGAGCAAUGGACUUUGAGCUUGGAUGGUUCCUGGAUCCCUUAAUGUUUGGCCACUAUCCUCCUUCUAUGCAGAAUCUUGCAGGCGAUAGGCUGCCUCAGUUUUCAACUCAGGCUUCAAAAUUAGUAUCGGGUUCGCUAGAUUUUGUGGGCAUAAACCACUAUACCACAUUGUAUGUUAGGAACGACAGAAUGCGGAUCAGGAAACUUGUAAUGAAUGAUGCUUCAACCGACGCUGCCGUCAUACCAACCGCGUACAGGCAUGGAAAGAAAAUCGGAGAAACGGCAGCGUCAAGAUGGCUGCACAUAGUCCCCUGGGGCAUGUUCAAGCUGAUGAAGCACAUCAAAGAAAAGUAUGGAAAUCCGCCUGUGAUCGUUACUGAAAAUGGCAUGGAUGAAGCAAACCUCCCAUUCUCGAGACUGGAGAGUGUUCUGCAGGAUGAUAAACGGAUACAGUACCACAACGACUACAUGUCAAACCUCCUAGAUGCUAUAAGGAAGGAAGGCUGCAACGUCCACGGUUACUUCGUGUGGUCACUGCUCGAUAACUGGGAGUGGAACUCUGGGUACACGGUGCGGUUUGGUCUCUACUACAUCGACUACAACAACAACCUGACGAGGAUACCCAAGGCUUCUGUCAAGUGGUUCAGCCAGGUCUUGGCCCAGCCCCAGAAGACGGCUAUAAUGUAGAGAGACAGUUUGUGGCAAGCCAGCCUGCCUAACGGCGAGACUCUUCGAUGGCCAUUGGUUCGGUGUACAUUACGCAGGCACCAUUUGUACACGCAUACAUCAUACAUGCCAUAGUAGUAGAUAGAUUGUGAUUAUUCUCAAUGUAUAUAACUACCAUUUGUGCGACCUUCAACGAUGGGUGUUGAAUGAGUCGCGAUUCUUGUUCCACAUUGAUAUUGCAGAAAUCAAUGAGAUUGUGAAUUUCUUCCCA